AUGGGAGCAUGCCUGCAGGUGAGGGAGGCCCUGGCGAGCAAGGUCAGCAAGGAACGCGUGGGCACGGAGCUUGAGGGCAUGUUCAAAGGGCCGGACCCAGUGCGAGCGGUGGCGGACAUCCAGCGGCUGCGGCUGUUCCCGGUGGUGUUCGCGGCCCCCCAGCUGCUGCGCGGGGCCCUGGGGGAUGACUACGGCGCCCCCUGCGCAACCCUGCUGGCCGAGGCGGCCGCGCUUAUUGAGACCUUGCACGCCGAGGAGCCAAUGGCGGUGGACGAGCGGCGGCUAGCCCUGCUGGCGGCGAUGCUGCUGCCGCUGCGGGCGUGCGAGACCACUCGAGACGGCUCAAAGCCGACCAUGCUGACACACCACAUCGUCCUCGAAUCCAUAAAGUGGAAGCGCAAGGACGCGGAGGCCGUCUCAGCGCUGCACGCGGCGGCUGCAGAGCUGUUGCACGAUUUGAGCGGGGGCUUGACAGGAGCUGGGGAGAACUUGAGGGUGCAGCUGGGCCGCGUGCUGCGGCGGCUGGGCAAGCUUGGCCUAGUCAGGCCCGGCAUUGUGUUGGCGCCGCUGCUGACCCAUCCCGAGGCCGCGCCGCUUGGGGUGGAUCCCGCGGUGGCCCACGCUGACUCAGCAGAGGCCAGGUCAGCGUCCCCUGAGGCGCUCAGGUCUCCCUCAAGCGCUGACGAGGGCCGCGCUGCCAGGCUGGAGACAUGCAGGCUGCUGGAGGCUGCCAUGGAGGCAUUUGGGCUGAGCGAGUGCUGGAACUCCAAACCGCUGCUCACUGGGAAAGAGGUGAUGGGGCUGCUAGGGCUGAAGGGGAAGGAAGUUGGGGAAGCAAUGGAGCACGUGACAGACUGGCAGCUGGCACACCCCUCAGAGACAGCAGCAGAGUGCCGGGAGUGGCUCGCAGCAAAGGACGUGACGGCCAUCAAGUGGCCGCACUCGUACUGCCAGGGGUGGGAGCAGUUGAUGCGAGAUGCUCUUCCGGGCCGGCAUCAUUUGUUGGAGCGGCAUCACAGUGCAGACUACAUCACCCCAGAGCCUGCCAAUAAGACAUACAUCAGUGUCUACUCAGCCCUGCAUGACCCUCAAGCAGGCGAGGUGCGGGUCUUUUCAGAGGUGCAUCCAAGGGAGGCAUGCACGGCGGCAGCCACAUGCAGGCUGCAGGGGACCGGGGUGGAUGUCUCGGUUGCAGCAAGGGUGGAUAUGCCAUUCAGCGCUCUCCUGGAAAAGGACAUCCCUGAGCCACUCGAGUGCUUUCACACCUGCCUGCUCCCUACAGGCUCUGAAAGUGCGCAGCUGGCUUCAGUGACCGUGCUGAGCAAGACCAGCAGGGUGGUACUGUCCCAGAGAGUGGAGCGCAUAGAAGUGCUGGGCGCACACAAGAAGAGCGUGGGCAUCUGCACCGCCCCUGUCUUCACAGAUGUGCCCCAAUACCUGGACUGGGUGGAUCACCACAGAGCGCUGGGCGUGGAGGGCUUCCACCUGUACGCGGUGAUAAUGGACCUGUCCCGGGCGCGCGACGCGCUCGGCCGCGGCCGGCCGGGGCACAAGAAGCGGCUGACGGUGCAGCAGUCGCACCGCGUCCGAUGGCACACGCGCCACGUCACCGACUAUGACCUGCCCUCGCACUACUUUGGGCAGGCCAUGCUCACCAAUGAUUGCCUCUACAGGCACCGCCAGACGUACGAGUUCCUGCUGUUCCUGGACCGCGACGAGUUCCUGCACUUCGUUGACACGCCUCCGCGCGCAGUCAACCUGGCCUGGGAGUUCCAUUCCCGGCUCUCCGGCACGAAUCGGACGUCCCUGGCAUUCAUGUCAGCGGUCUAUCGUGUUCACUGCCUCGUGGCGUACGUUCCGGACCUGGCCGAGCGGCCGGUGCACCGCGGCGCUGAUGCCGAGGUGGAGCCGCAGUUUGCAGAGCCCUACCAGGUGUACAAGGGGUACAGCAUCUGGCAGACCGAUGCACGCAAGCCGAAUUUCUCCAAUUGCACUUCUGUGGAGACCCUGGCAGGGAAUGUCCCUGCCUCCGGGCGCCAGUGCCACAGCAAGAGCGUCGUCCGGCCUCUCACGGUUGAUUUUAUGGGCACGCACUCUGUGGUGCAGCCGCGUGCAAGCUACAGCUGGUCUCCGAUGGCGUUCCAUACAGACCAGGCCUUCCUCAAGCACCUGCGAUGCAUGGCUGACAGGCAUGGAUGGAUGGCGGAUGAGAGCGCCAGCUUGUGCGAGCGGGGCCUGCCUGGUGACUCAUCGGUGCUGGCAGGAGACGAGGUGGAGGUCUGCCCUGGAGACCCCUGA